AUCGGCCCGCCACUAGCCGCCCCCGCGCUCGCCUAGCCCCGCCGGCCGGGCCCCAUGGGGGCGGGGAUUUGCUGACACCGCCCUCGGGCUGGAUGGCGGCGGCUGACCCGGGGCCGGCGUGACGGGAGCCAGCGGCCGCUGCGCUAUGGGGCCCCCCGCCGAGCCCGACCUCUACCGCGAUACGUGGGUGCGCUACCUGGGCUACGCCAAUGAAGUUGGAGAGUCCUUCAGAGCCAUUGUGCCCAUCUGGCUGGUCUGGGCGAGCUAUGGGGUGGCGACUACAUACGUGACGGCUGACGCGAUUGAUAAGGGAAAGAAGGCAGCUGUUGCACAUGAACACGACGUGGGGAAGACGACGCAGGUGUCCGUGGCUGUGGUGGAUACGUUUGUAUGGCAGGCGCUGGCCUCUGUGGCUAUCCCCGGCUUUACCAUUAACCGCAUCUGUGCUGCCUCCCUCUACUUCCUGGGCACCAUGACCCACUGGCCCCUCCCCAUCCGGAAGUGGAUGACCACAGCCAUCGGCCUCUCAGCCAUUCCCGUCAUCAUCAAGCCCAUUGACAGGUCAGUGGAUUUCCUGAUGGAUGCCAGCCUCCGCAAACUCUAUGCAGCAGAAGAGAAAUGUCCUCCUUCCUGAGGCAGCCCCCCCAAUAUAGCUAAAGCUGGAGGGGGGGGGGGAGAGAAGAGAAAGAGAAAACUCCUCACAACUAACUCCACUGUAUUUAGAGUAAUUUUUGCUAUUAAACCAACUUACUGUGACAUGGGGCAGGAGAGCACAUGGGCUGGGCAGCCCUGCCCCAGUGCAGGCUCACCCCUGCUUCAGAGGCAUUAGCACCAGACCUGAAUUGCCAGCAGCUGGUUGCCCUACCCAAAUGCUGGAAGCCCAGCUGCUUUGGCAGCAUGGGAUUUCAGGGUUGUUCUUGGUCCUUUGUGGCCUGAUCCAGUGGAAGGGGGAAGAGGGGAAGUGCAAUUGCUACCAAAACCCAGUGGUGCCAGGGGAUAUUAAAUACAGGCUAGGGCCAAUAGAUUCUGUAUUGGAGGAAGCCCCAGGACAGGUUAGUUUUGGCCCAUUGAGAUCUGUAUUUACUGUGGGG